UGAUGCUGGACAGCUGCAUUGUUUUAACUUUACUGUUUACUUUGGUGGUUGGUGUGGAGGGGGGACUGCGGUGCGAAUUCAAGCAGCGUGACGCUGAAGAGUCUUUUCUCGCCAUGAAUCCUGAGCUCGUGAACGGAACCAGUCCGUUUCUCAAUGGAAAAGUGCGGACGUACGAGAAGUGUCAAAGCGGCCUGAUGCCGCUUUACAAUGAGACCGUGGUACCCUGGUCCUACGAAUGUCCAACUACCUUCUCUAAAAAAGACAGAGGACCGCGGUUUUUUCCCAGACAUGCGGUUUAUGCAAGAUGUCUAUGCGAUUCGUGUAUCCGGAAAACUAAUACGAAUUGUGGCGUCGUUAUUAGAGUUGUGAAAGUUCUGUAUAUAGACAACUGCUCAGAUGACGGCAUCGCUUCCUUUACAUACAAAUCUUACAACGUGCCUGUAGCCUGUGAGUGUACGGACAGGAUUGGUGCCUGAGGUUCUCAUCCUGUCUGAUGUGUUCCAGCGACCAUUGUGUGGUCUGUGUUCAACUGAGUCAAGCCAUGACGCUGGUGUAUCCCACGUUAGAGAGUCAUUUAUCGGUUAAGUGAAGCUGUUCUAUUUUUUGUUUUGACGUAGGAUUUUUAUUCCAAACUACGCCUUCACCUAAAUUAACUUUAAAUACUUGUACUUAAAAAUAUACGCAACUCAACUACGCCAACAAACACAUACAUAUAAAACGUACACAUAUUAUGAAAGUUAAAUACA